CGCAUGCGCAGACAGAGCAUCAUCAUCAUCAUCAGCAGCAGCAGCAGAGUCGUCACUGAACAAAGAACCAGAACAAAAAGGUCAGAAGACGAUGGAAAAGUCAAACAGCCAAUACGAAUCCUUCCUGUUCUGGAGGCAGCCAAUCCCGGCCCUCGACCUGUCAGAGCUGGAGGAGCUGGGUGUGGCCAUCCGUCAGUCGACCAACGGCAGCGCAGGAAAAGACAAAGCAUCCAAACUGAGGAGUCGUGAUGACGAGACUGAGCUGCUGCAGUUUUCCUCCGUCAACUACUGGAGAGCUCCCAUUGCGGAUGUGGACACUCUGCUGGCCGACCUCAACCUGCUGCUCUGAGACCUGACCCCUGAUCCUGGAGCAGGCUCUGCUGCUUUUCUCUGGAGACAUUUUACCAAACAUCAUAAAAUUAAAAUAAAAGCCAUCCACAGGUACAGAGACUGGUCCUGAGUCAGAUUUAACACCAGACACACUCAUUAUUAUAAAACCACAUAAUUUCAGCUGAAACUUCACUUUAAAUGAGAAAUAAUGGAUGUGUAACUCAUCACUCAUAUAUUUUAUGAAUGUAUUUAUUUAUGAUCAAAUGAUUAAGUUAUUUAGAAAAUGUUUGUCAUGUCAUGUGUCAUGUCAAAUGAUUUAUUUAUUAUUAGAAACGUAGACAUUUAUUUUCACGUUUGUGUCUCAUGCCGCUGUUUGUCAACAACAAUAAAACAUUUAUUCAUCAGAAAACA